CUCCUCCCUCAUGUUUCUGUCUUCCUCUUUGCUCUCUCGUGGUUAUAUAUAUAUAUAUAUAUCACCUGACAGCAUCUGCAGAUACUUUAAGUGACUCCACUUCUGUCUGUGACUUCUACCGAGCUGAACAUGGAGGACGCUCCUCGAUCACCGUUCGCCAUACUCAACGACAGGCUGAGACCUCAGUUCACCACCAGUGAUCAGAUCUACUCUUCUCUGAGCAGAAUCCGGAGCAAAGCUUCAUCUAACCGACCCACGGUCUUGCCAACGGAACCGGAACCAAAAGUCUCCGUACCAAAACCAGAACCAAAAGUCUCCGUACCAGAACCAAAAGUCUCCGUACCAGAACCAAAAGUCUCCGUACCAGAACCAGAAGUCUUCGUAACAGAACCAGAAGAUCCAGAGGAACCUAAAGACGACUCGGAGCAGGACGAUUUGGUCUCCGAUGAAGAAAAUUGUGGCGACCUGAGUGACAACUCAUAUUCUUCAAAAAUCGCCGAGUUAGAUUUAAAAGAUUUUGAAGAAGAGGAGGUGGUUGACAACAAAAGCAUCUCCUCGUGUGAGGAUAAAGACCAACCGGGUGAGCUGCCCUCAGAGGGGACAGGUCAUUCCUCGGAGUCGGUAGCCGUGGACGGUGAAGGUGAAGGUGAAGGUGAUGGGAGCUCCUUCCGGAGGAACUACAGCGGGAAUUUACCAGACGUGAUCAACACUAGUAGGCUGCUCGGCAGACGUCGGACGCUGGGACACGUCAACGAGACGCUUAAAGAGGUGCGCAGGGAGGUGCAGCUGUCUCGGAGGCGAAGCAUGAAGCUGAAGGCGCAGGUGGACAAACUGCAGGAGAACAGAGAUGGACCGGGCUGGAGCCAGCACAGAGAGACGGUCACAGAGGAGGUUCUGUCCAUUCUGCGGCUGCUGAGCCCGCUGACGGAGUCCGAGUCCAGCCCACCUCCAUCCUCUCCUGGGGAGAACCGCCUGGACAAGUCCCUGUCCCAGCUGCAGAAUGUGGCCCGCCUACUGGCAAUCAGCCACACCCAACAGUCCAAAUCUGGAAAAGGAAAAGGAACAGAGGAAAGCGCCAUCCUGCAGCAGGCGAUACGAGACCGAGACGAUGCCAUAGAGAAGAAGAGGGCGAUGGAGGAAGAGCUGCUGCGGAGUAAAACAGAGCUGAUGAUGCUGAACAACCACCUGCUGGAGGCCGUACAGAAACGCCUGGAGCUGUCGCUGGAGCUCGAGACCUGGAGGGAGGACGUUCAGCGUAUCCUCCACCAGCAGUGUAAGCAGCAGGCGGAACAGGCCCAGAAGAAGACCUCCCGCCUGGGCAUCCUGAGGAGAAACAAACAACCGCCCAUCCAGCGGCCAGUCAACUACCCUUUGGCUUCACCCGUCGUCUCUCCCACCAUCAACCCCAGCCAAAUCUUCGUCCCCAGAUCUAACUGCCCUUCUCCGACUCCCCUUUCUCCUACUUCCUCUUCUCCGACUCCCAGCACGUCUUCUCCCACCGGCACCCAACGCAACUGGAUGGACAGGCUGAGGAGGAAGAAAGCCGACCAGGAUGCAGCGGGGCAGGAGUCAGAGGGCAAAGACGACGGCUUCCAGGUCGUGUCGCUCGAUUGAAACAGCGGUGACUUUGCACUGAGCACAUUAAUUCUGAUGCACAACGCUCACGUCUAGCAGGAGUCACAAAUGUGUUUUUGCUUAUCGUCACGUUGCUGUUUGACCACGUGAUGUUUGACACUAGAAGGCUGUUUUCAUAUUCAUCAGUUGACGGGGGGGGGGGGAGUUUCUCAUUUAAACUCUGAGUUCAACACGUGUACGUACGAACAUGAUUUGUGAUAAUCGCAACUAGUAGCCAAUCACGGUCCAGUAUGCAGCUUACACAAGUGUUUCGGAAACUUGGAAGAGUUCAGUGAACAAACACUGCAGCUACGUUCCAAAUCGCAUACUUUUUACUUUUAGUACAUACUUGCAGCUGCUCUUACAAAGUAUGCACUGUUGCAUGCUUACUGCUUGAACUUUGACCCUCUUGCUCAUAUAUCCGCUGCACAGAGGAUUGUGGGCCAGAAAAGCCAGAAAAGCAUGCCGGUUUGCAUACUGCAAAUUGCGACCAGAUGUAGUAGAACAUCCUGGUAUUUUUGGCAAUACUGCAUUUGACGCACUAAGUGUCGAGCCAUACUAAAUCUUUUUCUGGCAUACUAAACAGUGUGGCAGUAUGGGUAUUGGACCACACAGUGACAAUGGACUUUUCAGUGAAGAAGAGAGACAUCUUGAGUCCAGCAGUUAUAUAAGUAAUAUUUACAUAUUCAUAGAUUCUGGAUUUCUCAAUGAGGGUGAAGUAUAUGUAAUUUUAAGAAUUUUUAAAACCUUCAUUAUUGUAUAUAUUUAUGUAUCUCUCUAUAUAUAGUGUAACAUUAUUAUUCAAAUAUUUGUAUAGAUUUUUUUCCAUUUUUUUAUGCAAACUUUUAUACACAAAGAAAAAUCUAGCAUACAUACUUACACAUUCUAACACACAGACAUUUGUGCUCGCAACGGGGGAGAUAAGAUGGAAAAGGAGGGAAAGGGUUAGGAUUCAUGACUGGACAAAGUAGCAGAGGGGAAUUUGUGUUCAAAAUCAAUUUUUAAUAAAUAAUAAUAAUAAAGUUUUAAUGAGGUGAUUGAACCUCUUAAUGGGAGGGGAGCUUUCAUAUAUUCUCUAAUGUCAUUUUCUGAACUUACCAGACUGUUCUAGCUGUUUUAUUAUUUGCUUUUACCCACUAAGUCAUUAUAUCAACAUUACUGAUGAUUAUUUAUCAAAAAUCGCAAUUGUGUAAAUAUUUUGUGAAAGCACCACAAUAUUGUUGUAAUAUCAAUAUUGAGGUAUUUGGUCAAAAUAAUCAUGAUAUUUAAUUUUCUCCAUAUUACCCAGCCUUAAAAUGAGCCAUGUCAUUGUUUAAUACCUUGAGACCUGAAUGCCUUACACUUAAUUUCCUGAAUAUUAUGUUUUAAAAAUGAAUGAAAUUCUUAUGCAAAAGCUCCUUCAAACCUCUCGCUGAGUCAGACUGCAGUUUAUUUGUCACUACUUCACUUUAGAUCCUUCAUUGUCUGCACUUUUGCUUGUUGCAUUUUCAAGAUUCAAAAGAAAAAAAGAAUAAUCUUUGUCGCAGAUUUGUCAUUUUAUUGUAUAAUAUCAGUUUGUACAUUUUCAAUAAUAUAUAUAAUCCACUCUUAUAUGCUUCUUGGCCAUAUUUAAAAUGUGUAUAUAUAUGCCAUUAUGUAGAAUUGUGGCAACAUGUUCAACAAAUUGAGACGUUUAUAGCACAGCAAGGUUACACCUGAUGACGAGAGAAAAGGCAUGCUCAUAGUGAAACAAUAUACAAUCCUGAACAGGUGACUAUGGUCUUUUCAAUGUGAUUUGAAUAAAUUCACUUUUCUAUAUUGUU